CCUGCAAAUAAUUAUGUUGAGCUUACGGUGAGAACUACGACUCUUAUCACUUUCACCGGAAUUAUUAUCAUGCAAAAAAUAAUGAUAAAAACGUCAACUUAAACAUAUACAUAGGUAUGUAGUCAGACCAUUACCCAUUGUUGUAUAGAUUAUAUAGCUUAUACUAUGCAGGUUUAUUCGAAAUAAAUUCGCAUCGUAAGGGGGAGACAAUGAGGAUAGGAUCAUAUAAUAUAAAAAAGUAUAAAAACGUCAGUCUGUGUGUGUUUUUUAGUCCUUUCGAUUUAAAUUUACUGAUUAUGUGUCUAACAAAAACACUUGAUAUUUAAUAAUGCAUAAAUAAGGUACCUAGUUUACCUAGUUAAUUAUAAUAAUGUGUAACGUGUACAAUACAAUAUACAAUACUAUUUAUGUCUUUCAAUCACGUACAACUUGAAGUCGCCAUAUUCGUUCCGCCUCACCGAACAACCAGCCAUCGUGGAGGUGGAAGAAAGUAACCCCGCAACGAUAAUGACUCGUUGAUAACUUAGUGCUUCCAAGACAGAGCUCGCAACAGUCGCACCAUGCGGCUCCUUCUUGCGACCCUCGCUGUGUGCGCGGCUUUAGGUAGUUGUUCGAAAUUAAAGGGACUUCCGAUUAACCGUAAACAAAAAAUAAUUUCAGCGUUACGUGGUCAAGAUUCAAAAUUUCCAUUGCUUUCGCCGGAGAAGCAGUUUGAAUAUUUGCUUUACAUUAAAAAAGUUCCUAAAGGUUUCAAGCAACCUACCAAUACGAUCAGUGAAUAUGCGAAGUUAUUUUCGAAUUUAAUUACAGGAGUGCAAGGAAAGCACAGAAAUAAGAAGCAUGUGCUAAGCAAAAGGAGCACCAGUAAUUUAAAGUGUCAUGAAAAUGGAAGAUUUUACAGAAACCCGGAUCGCACGGAUGAAGCAACGUGGACAAACGACGAGUGCGCCAAAUAUUACCUAUGUCUCCAGAACGAGGUGUUCGAGUUUCGUUGUUCCCCGGGCCUGCUUUUUGACGUGAACCGACAGCUGUGUGACCAGGCGCAGAAUGUUCACAACUGUGACGUCACUACUGAGACACAUAUCCCGAAACCUCUUCUGGAGAACGGUUCGUGUGCCAACGAGACGCACCUCGCCUGUGCUAACGGGAACUGCGUGCCUGCGGAGUACUUCUGUGAUGGAUCCAACGACUGCGCCGACUCCUCUGAUGAAGGCUGGUGCGACGUGCAGUACGACCCUAAUUCCGCGGCGCCCUGCGACACGGGACUGUGCCAGCUGCCGGACUGCUUCUGUACUAAAACAGGGUCUGAGAUCCCUGGUGGUUUAGUUCCAAACCAGACUCCUCAAAUGAUCACCCUGACCUUCCACGGGCCAGUAAACCACGAGAACUGGGACGUGUUCACAAAGCACCUGUUCACUCCCGAGCGCCGAAAUCCAAACGGCUGCAACAUAAAGGCGACGUUCUUCAUCCCGCAUCAAUACACCAACUACAGGCACGUGCAGAAGCUGUGGAACGAGGGACAUGAGAUCGCUGUCAACUCUAUUACAAAUCGCGGGCCCGAAGAAUGGUGGUCCAAAAACGCCACUGUAGAGGAUUGGUUCGAUGAGAUGGUCGGUCAAGCGAACAUUAUCAACAGAUUCGCUAAAGUACGCAUGGAAGACUUCAGGGGCCUCCGCGUGCCGUAUCUGUCGCUGGGCUGGAACCGUCAGUUCCUCAUGAUGCAAGAGUUUGGCUUCGUGUACGAUGCGACGGCGGUCGCGCCGGCGUCGGACCCGCCGUACUGGCCGUACACGUUAGACUAUAAAAUGCCGCACAAGUGUUCCGGAAACCAGUACUGCCCAACACGGAGCUACGCCGGCCUGUGGGAGAUGCCCAUAAACCCAUUCCGACACGAAGGAGGAAAGGAAGGCGAAGAAGAAUGUACGACCCUGGAGCACUGCCCCAAGCUGACAGAUAAGGAUGUGUAUGAUGACCUGGUCAGCAACUUCAAAAGACAUUAUCUGAAGAACAGGGCUCCGUUUGGCAUUCAUUUGAAUGCUACAUGGUUGAAGAAUGCUGAUUAUUGGCAUGCAUUUAAGAAAUUUAUUAGUGAAUUAAUGAAACUACCAGAUGUCUACUUUGUGACAAACAAGCAAGCCAUUGAAUGGAUGAAGCGGCCAACGCCAGUGCUACAUAUAAACAAGUUUGAGCCGUGGCAAUGUAAAAAACAAAGUUUGGACGAUGUUGAAUAUGCCUGCCACAAACCAAGGACUUGUAAACUACAGUCAAAAGUUCUACAGCAUGAUAAAUACAUGAUAACCUGUCAGGGUUGUCCACAAAGUUAUCCAUGGAUAAGGAAUGAGUUUGGAUUAGAUUAAUAUUUAAAAAUAAUGUACCAUCUUUAACACAGUUAAUUGACUAUUUGUAUAUUUUCUAUACCUUAUUGGAACAAGAUACAGUAUACCAAUGGUCAUUUAAGUGUGUUGCUGUUAGUAAAUAUGCUAUAACUUACGACUUAAGUUACCAGUGGAGCAAAUGACUUGAUGAAUGAAUCUGGACAUGUUUGUUCCAUAUUAUGUUAUUAUGUUAUUGUUUGUAUGUUUGUGUAUUUAAUGUAAUAGGUU